AUGGCUGGAGAAGAGUAUAACUCCAAUUUGGACCUUGCAGAAGUAUUCAAUACCAUUGAUGAAAUCUUUGGGACUAUAGAGACCUACCAACCCCCUUCAUCUGAUCACAUAUAUCCUGAACUCAUACUUCAAGAGUCUCAGCAUGGCAUGAAAUAUCACUCUUCAUUCCAAAGGCACAAUCGCCAAUUCAUACAGAAUGCGGGUGAAACUCCACUAGUCCGAUGGCGAAACUCUCAUAUAGAACAGCUUCAACAGCAAGUGGUUGAACAAAGCUUUAUGGGCUCCAAAGUCUCGUCUCAAAAGGGAAUUUCCAAAACGUUUUCAAGACCAGCAUCCAAUGCAUUAUUCAGUUGGUCCUCAGAUGAAGCAUACAUAGAGGCAAGAAAGAGUGAGUUGCUUAAACGAGGUAGAAAGAUUAGCGGUGCUUUCCUCAAGUCCAAUGAUAAAGAUUCAGAAAUAGAAAUGCCUGAAGUCUCCAGUGCUCCACUCACCGAAAGCUUGAUUGACCGUGUCAACUUGAAGAUACCUGAAGCUUCAAUGAUUAAGAAAUUGAACUCUGUGAUAGACACCGAAUCUAAUAGGUUUGUCCACCAGCGAAUACAGAUCAUAAAAACCCAUCACAGUAAACAAAUAUCAAAGAAGAUUAAUGAGAGGAAACGUAAGGACCACGAGAUUCACCUCCAAAGACUCAAGUUAAAGGAAGAACAAUACGAGAGAGAAAUGAGGGCUGCUACAGAGGACAAAGAGAAAGAAAAGUCCACAAAAUUUCUUGGUUUAUUCAAUUUCAGCCAUUCUGACACCACUAAUGUUAAUGUCGAGACGAAGGAACCAACAAGUCCAAAUGGCACCACAGAUAAAAAUAGAAUUACAGUUGACAAGAACAAACAGAGAUUCUCUUUUCUUCCAAAGACGAACAUAUUUGGAACCACCAAAACCACAAAUGAGGAUAUUGAAGAAAAUACACAAGAGUCUAAUGUACUGCUGCCUCAAAUUCACAUAGCAAGCGAUGACCUCGAUAAGGCUUUUCAGAUGCCUGGAACAAAUAAAGAUAGCCAAGAUGACGAUUUUGAUGACUUCAGUGAAUUCACCUCCUCGCCUCCUCAGGCCACUAGCAACCAGCUACCAGAGCCAGUUGUGAAAAACCAUAGAUUCAUGACUAUCAGCGAGCCCAAACCAUUGAUUGACUUUGGAGCAGAUGCUGAGGGAGACUCCCAAUCAAAUUUCAAGGGUCAAAACAAAGACUUGCUACUGCUAUUAUAG